UGUUCGGACCUUGUGAUUUUUUUGGAUCGUGUCUUGGAAAUUUCCAAGACUUUGUUCUCGAAUUAUAACAUUAAUCGGAAACUGGCGUAGGGGCAUUACUCUUAUAGAGGCCUGUAGCCAUAUAUUGAAGGAAGGAAGGAAGGAAGGAAUAUGAGCUGGGCGUGGUAUGGAGUCGCGCUUUUGGCCAUGUCAGCAGAACGACUCAAACAAAAGGAUAAUGUAGCAGACAAACCUCACGAGGCUAGUGAUUUACAAUCCGCAACGAGAUCCGCGAUACCAAUGACAAAGUUACAAUUUACCAAUCUAGAGGAAGAGCUGCAAAAGUUUAUUGCUUUGGCUAAAGAUACAGGGGAUCCGUCAGCUUUACCCGAUGAAUGAAGAAAAGUAUUAGAAAAUGAUGACGAAUAUCUCAAAUAUAUAAUAUUGACACGUUUAUUAUUAUCAUUUAUCAUUUAAUUUUUUAAUAAAGAUUUAAUUUUUUAAAAAGAA